AAGGGUAAAGCAUUCGAACUAAUAGGUUUAUCUAGUGAAGCUGUAGUUAUUCGAAAAGCUGCUAACUUAGUACGACAAUUGAAAGAUAAAAAAGAAGAUGCCGAUCUUCAAAUUGAAAACACAUUAAUUGAAAAUGUACCAGUUAGAAUUGUUCGGCCAUUGAAUAAUAAUGAUAACUUACCAGCCAUUGUUUAUUUUCAUGGUGGUGCUUUUUAUAUGGGUUCUAUUGAUUCACAUAAUGCAAUUACAAGUGCUUUAGCACGAUUAGCCAAUGUCGUAGUUAUCUCCGUUGAUUAUCGUCUUUCACCUGAACAUCCUUUUCCAGCUGGCCUCGACGAUUGUUAUACUGUUGCAAAAUAUGUACUUAAACAUGGUGAUUCGAAAAAAUUACGUAUCGAUCGAAAUCGUGUUGUUUUAGCUGGUGACUCUGCUGGUGGUAAUAUGGCUGCUGUAAAUAUCAUGCGUUUUGUUAAUCAUCCUGUCGGUCAAUAUUCGCCUCGUCUUCAAAUUCUUAUAUAUCCUCUUUUGCAACUAUUCGAUUUAAUGCUUCCAUCUUAUAUGGAACAACAUUACCUAUUUUUUCAAUAUACUGUCGAUCAUACUUUAUCGAUGUAUUUAAAUGAAAAAAUUGAUGCAUCAAUAUAUGCAAAUAAUCAUACAAGUGUUAAUCAAAAAAAACAUUAUCGCAAAUAUGUUGAUUGGUCUUUAAUACCAUCAAAAUAUCGAACAGUUUACAAAAAAUCUAUUACAGAUGAUAAGGAAGGUGAUCCAAGUCUUAUUGCAAAAGCUAAAAAAGUUCUUAGUCCGGAAAUUUCUCCAUUACUUGUUGAAGACGAACAACUAGCUAAACUACCGCCGACUUAUAUAUUAAGUGUUGGUCAUGAUCGUUUACGUGAUGAAUCAUUCAUCUAUGAAGGUCGUCUUAAACGUGUUGGUGUUCCAGUAGUUCAUAAUCAUUAUGAACAUGCAUUUCAUGGCUCAGUAGGCUUGUUAUAUGGACCAUUAGCAUUAGAUAUCGCACAUGAAAUGAUCGGUGAUAUCGUUAAAUAUGUUAAAGAGAACUUAUAA